AUGAAAUUACAUUGUAAAAAACACUUAAAUAUCAAUAAUAUAAAUCCUAACGAUAACAACAAUAGUAGCACAGAAGAUAGUAGUGAAGAUGAUGAUUAUAAUGAAGAAAGUGAAAGUGAUAGUUCUGCAGAUGAGGACAAUUAUAAUGUUGUACAAAUAAACCAAAAUAGAGGUAAUGUAGCAAGAGCGCAGUACAUACGACAGUUUUUUUAUUAA